ACAAAAACAAAAACCAAAGAGAGAAAGAGAGAGACAGAGAGAGAGUGAAGAGAGGAAAGGAGAAAGAAACUUUGAGAUCAUCCUCAGCAUACAAUGUUGAUGUUAAAGGCCAGCCUGGGCUACAUGAGAACUUACCUCGAAAAAAAAAAAAAAAAGACAAAACUUAAUGUGUAUUUUCUCCUGCCCCCCAUUUCAAACAAAAGAAAGGAAAAGAGUCCAAGUGUGGUGGUGCACGCCAGGAAACCAACCCAGCCACUCCUGAGAGCUAGCCCGAAGGAUGGCAAGUGAGGGGCCAGCCCGGCCUGUCUCAAAAUAAAACAACAAUGAGCUGCACAAGGGUUCAUUGGGUAAAAGCACUUUCAGCCAAGCCUGAUGACUUAAGUUCAAUUCCAAGGACUCAUUCAGUGGGAGAGAACUGAUUCAGAAAGCAGUUGUCCUCUGACUUGCACACACGUGCCAUGGUACAUAUGUGACCCCCCCAUAAGUAAAUAAUAUAGUUUAAAAACAUUUCUUCUUAGUGAGUUCUAGGCCAGCUGGGGCUACAGGGAGACCUGUCUCAAAAAGACCCACCAAAAAAAUUCUAGAACAACAGAAAACAAAACAAUGCCCCCCCCCCCCGAAAAAAAAAAAACCAGAAAAGUAAAGGGCUGGAAAAGAGCUCUUUGCCUAGCAUGCACAAGGCCCUGGGUUCCAUGCCCAGCACUGAGAAAAAGAGAAAAGACAUACCAGUAUCCUUCGUUAACUGAGGCGCAAAUCUUAAAAUAUAAUCACACUAAAUGAGGGACAUUAUAUAAAAGGAUGGGUAGUUAAUGAGCAAGGCCGUCUUUCAGGAACGCAGGGUGCUGGGCAUUUGGAAAUCAGCCAGUGAUAGCUCAUGCCCUUAAUCCCAGCACUAAGGAAGGCAGAGGCAGGCGGAUCUCUGAGUUCAAAGCCAGCCUGGUCUACACAGUGAGACCCAGCCUCCAAUCAGCCCAUGAAAUUCAGCGCACAUCCCACUGACAGCGCUUGGUGGCAACUUGUCUCGUGCAAGCCGCACAACCGCCUGACUCUGGCCGGUUAAGCGUCCUGGAUUUGGUGCCUGGUGCUCACUGCCGGGUCCCAUGUUGCAGAAACCGCGGGACAGAGACUGCCAGAGUGCGCAACCCCUGAGCUGCAGGGAUUGUGGCGUCCCAAGGGAUGUCUGGACCGAGCCCCGAGCCCAGGGCUGCGCUGCGCUCGGCUUCUGCCCGGCCCCAACCACUCCCACUCGGGAGCUCUGGACCCAGAAGCAGCUGGAGCUGAAGGUGGCCGAGCUGGUGCAGUUCUUGCUGGUCAAGGACCAGAAGAAGAUCCCCAUCAAGAAGACCAGCAUCCUGAAGCACGUCAUCCGGGACUACAGGGACAUCUUCCCUGACUUCCUCCAGCUGGCUGCGGAGAGACUGCGGUACGUGUUCGGGUACAAGUUAGUGGAGCUCGAACCCAGGAGCAAUGCCUACAUCCUGAUCAAUACCCUGGAACCCGUGGAGGAGGAUGCGGAGGUGAGAGGCAGCCAGGGCACGCCCACCACCGGCCUCCUGAUGAUUAUAUUAGGGCUCAUCUUCAUGAAUGGCAACAGCAUCUCAGAAACGGAGGUCUGGGGCUUUUUGCGGCGGUUGGGGGUAUACCCUACCAAGAAGCAUUCAAUUUUCGGAGACCCCAAGAAGCUCAUUACUGAAGACUUUGUGCGGCAGCGUUACCUGGAGUACCUGCGCAUACCCCACACUGAUCCUGUGGUCUAUGAGUUCCAGUGGGGCCCACGAACCAACCUAGAAACCAACAAGAUGAGUGUUCUUAAGUUUGUGGCCAAAGUCCAUAAUCAAAACCCCACGGACUGGCAAAUGCAGUACUGUGAAGCGUUGUUGGAUGAGUAGGGUCAGACCGGAGUCCAGUGGUCAGCACCAUCACCUUGAAAUCACAUGGAUUCAGAGAAGACACCUGAGAUAAAUGUCUGGGAUUCACAAGCACAGGCUGAAAGGAGGGAACUGAGGGUGGAGGGAGCAUAGUUCUACAAUAAUAA